CAAAAUUUCUGAACCAAAACACAUGCCGUGUGUCAAAGAUUUUUCCGGCUAAGUGCGUUGUAAACCAAAAUUGCUCCCGGAACGUUUUUAAAUGCACACAUUCAUUAGAAAUCCACCCGACUAUAAAUUGCAGAAGUGCACGCGCAAAGAGAGAUAGAUUCUAGAAAAUUAAGUUGACCGGAAAUCGUUCUUGACUGGACAUCGAAAAAAGUCAUCUUCCCGCGGGAAAGCUUUCGCUCGUGCAAGUUGCCGCCAGUGGGAGAGGGAAAACAUUUUCCAUCCGCCUGAUGAAAAUUUGCUCCCAACCGUUCGAACGUGAGCUGAGCAAAUUAGUCAAGAUUUGUUCGCGGAAGCAUUCGGAACGGUUUGCGGCACACAGAACACUGCGAGCGUUUUGGGAGAACUGAACUGAUUCGGAAAAAGUCCCAUAUAAGGAAGUGGAAAUGUCGGACCAAAUAAGUGAUCCGAUCCGGAAGUGUGCCAUCAUACUGAAGGGAGCGAAAAAUGAUUCGGAGAAGUUUGCCGCCCUGUUUAUGGUUACGAAGCUGAUCAAGGGGAAAGAUUGUAACGCAGCCGGCAAGAAGCUGCUGUUCGAUUCGAUAGGCUUCGACUUUGUUCGACGACUGCUCACAAGCAAGGAUGGCCCGGAUGCAUCCGCCUACCAAAGCGUGGCGCUCUCGAUACUGAGCUGCUUCUGCGAAGAUGAGGAGCUAGCGACACACAAGGACAUGCUUGAUAGUAUUCCGGUUUUUCUGGAGAUCGCCUCCACUUGUGAUGAUGACGAGUACGACGACAAUCUCAUCGUGAUUAACGAGGCGUACCACUGUCUGCAGAGUAUCGCUGGGAGUGAGGUUGGACGUCUGGCGCUGAAGGAACAUGGGGUUAUUAAGAAGAUGGCUGAGAUUUAUACCCAGCAGAGUUUCCAGAUUGACGAAGCUCUGACGCUGAUCGUAACUCUGGUCGCUCAGUUUGGACCGGGUUCUUGGGAGGAAGAUCCAAAGCUGUUUCAUGCGUUGAUGCAGCGUGUUUCGCUGGAUUUUGAAACAGAUCACGCCGAGCGGAAAUUCGAGCUGGCAGAGAUGAUUUCGGUGCUGUUGUUCACGUGCAGAAAGGAGCUGAUCUCGAAAACCGUGGAGGGUGAAAUAUGGCCUGAAUGUUUGUACAAGGGCGUGAGUGAUGUGUUGAAAAGCAAGAUUGGAAAGGCUCAACGUGAUCCUACCUUGAAAUUGACAGCUCAUAUUUUGGAAAUUUUGGGCAUAGAAUGGGUGUUGAGUGAUACGGAGAACCCGAAGAAAAUGUUCCUUCUGUUGCUGCAGCUAGCUGCCAUCGAAGUUCGCAUGCAGAUGGACAACAAGAGUUUUAACCAGGUUCUAGUUCAGGGGGACCUCAUCACCGCUUGCUUCAUCAUUCUCGAACUGUCAAUAAAUUACAUGACAACCGACCAGCUGGAGUUGGACCAGAAGGAUAAGCAGCAAGUAUACACCGGACUGAAGGGAGCCUUCACUGCGGUUUUGUCUGUUUUCACUAAACUUUCGAAUGACACCAAAAAAGAUAAGCUCCAACCGAAGGAAAAAGCAUUCGCCUGUGCCAUGGUUCGAGUUCUGUGUGCCUGGAUGGCUCAGGAAACCUCUGCGCUGAAAACUCAGGUCUUCAAACUGUUGCCAUUUAUCUUCCAGCUGGCGAAUAGCUCCUUCUACGAGUCCCGCGAUCAUCGAAUUAAGGCCAGAACCGAACCAACACUGGAGCAAGCCCCGGCCGACGUUCUCCGUGUCACUUUACCUGCAAUGUGUCAUCUCGUGGUGGAAGAGGAUGCACGUAAAAUUUUCCUCAAGGAGAAAGAAGAGCAGGUCUUGUACGAUUGUCUGCUGUUCCACUGGUCAAUUGCUCACUACAAAAAACCUCCCAUUCCUCGUGCGGAACGUCUCAGGCGCAUGAAUGAACCCGAUCCAGAGUUGACCCCACAACAGCUCGAAGAGAUGAAAGACUCCCGAACAGCUAUUGUCUCGUUGUGCAACAUUUUCAUGAACAUUACCGUACUGGAGCCAAAAGUGGUCGACGAGAGUCCCGUUUUCGAUCAGCUGAUUCGGUUCAUUUUCGAGAAUUUACCCGAGUUGAAGGACAUCCCGGAAAAUCUGGUGAUGCAUGGGAACCUGGCCGUGCUGGGAUUGCUUCUACUCAAGCAGCAAUCCACCAAAGUGAAGAAAAACGAUUUCUCCAUCUGUCGCUACAUCCAAACGACAAUUCGCUUCCUCUGGGAUGCGUACAGUAUCGACGAAUCGAACGAUCCCCAAGCGUUGGUCGUGGCCAUGUCCUACAAGGAGUACUGGUUCGAGGUGAUGGAGCUUUGGUUCCUGGGAAUGCAAACCAUGAGCGGCAUUAUAAAGCUGAUCCCAUGGAUAUCCGAGUUUGCCAUCGAGUCGGGCUGGGCAGAGGGAAUAGUCGAGACGCUGCGGAAGGUUAAAAUCGGUACGCUACCACCGAACGUCAAAUUGGCCUACGAAGACUUUCUGUCGCAGCUGGUGGAUGCCAACCCAUCGGUUGCUGCAGUGUUGAAGAAAGCGGAUGCCCUCAAGGUUUGUCGCAACCAUCGGAUGAUGGAGCUCGGCAAGAAGCUGUUUGGCGAUUAAAACAUAGUCUGUUAAAAUAAUAUUCUUCUGAUUCUGGUGCGACUGAGUGGAUCCACGCGACACCGCUGGGCGUGGUGAACAAUACAAAGUUUUUUUUGUGAAUGUAUUUGGAUGUAAUAAAGCAGGAAAGCUGGUAGCAAUUUCAAAA